AUGAACAAUCAAUAUAUCCGUCGGGAAGUCUUCUGCUGUGAAACUUGUCACGAACUCAAAAGCUUCUGGGAAAAAGAAAUUAGCAAACAGACUUGUUACAGGGAACUGGAGGAAGACCGUCAGGGAAGGAGCGCCCUGAGAAAGCUCAGAGAAGAAUGGAAGCAGAGACUGGAGAAAAGGCUACAGAUGCUGGACAAUCCUGAUGAGAAGAAAAAGCAGGCAAAUACGGUGGGCUGAGAGCCUCCUGCUUCAUCCACUUCAAAGAUAACAAGCCACCAAGGGCACUCUUCUAGGAGAAAAAUCUAACACCCAAGUUAUGUUGAUUUACUAAGCAGGACACUCUCUAUUUGCUUUCCCAUUUGUAAGGGAUUUACAUGUGAAAACUCCCCCAGUGCUAAUGGGAGUCAUUAUCCAACUCAAUCCUCUCUGCCAUGGACAGGGUGACCGCCAGUGGGACAGGGAAGCUCAGGUUAUUUAAUAUAAAAAGCUCUUAGAAUUAGCACUCCCCAGGUUUCAAUGAUCCAAGUAGUGUAAUUUAUUUCCACAUUUUCUUUUCAUUUUGAAAUCUGAAUGUUUGAUCUAAGCUUACCAAAGGCGAUGAUCUGGAUGGGAAUUUGGCUUCCCUGGGUCUUCUAGAAAAACAGUCAAUCUUUUCUUCCUGUCACUGCUUUUUGCGAAUAUAGCUAUUAUUAUGAAAAUAACUGGUAAACAAUACAGUUUGAAAAUGAACUGAACUAAUUAUUUUUCCCUUCUCUUCAUAUGAA